AUGUCCUUGAGUGGCGACACAACCCAGUCUUCUCUGUUGGCGCCUGCUCUGCUAGUGCCCUUAAACAGCAGCGCCUCUCCUCACUCCCUCCCAUGGGCUCAUCCCAGUCACCCUGCACCACAGCUACAGGAGGAGUGGCCCAAGAAUGACACGCGCCUUCUGGCCAACCUCUCUCUCCUUGGCCCCCACGAUGACUGCCAUAUGUCCCCCAUCCUCACCACGUGCCUUGUGGUGUGGUACAGCGUCACUAUGGUGCUGGGGCUGGUGGGGAACAUUGGCCUCAUUUGCAUCAUUUCACGUUGUAGGGAAAAAGCCAAUGUCACCAGUAUUUUCAUCUGCAAUCUGUCAUUCUCUGACAUUCUGGUGUGCGUCUUCUGCCUCCCAUUCACAGUCAUAUACACGCUCAUGGACCACUGGGUGUUCGGGGCCCUCAUGUGUCGCCUAGUACCGUUUAUCCAAUGUGUGUCUGUGACUGUGUCUGUCUUGUCAUUGGUGUUUAUUGCUUUAGAAAGACAUCAGCUCAUCAUUAACCCAUCUGGAUGGAAGCCCAGUAUUCCACAGGCCUACACAGCAGUACUUCUCAUCUGGAUUGUGGCCUGCUGUACAUCUGCACCAUUUUUGGCCUUUCAACUACUCAGCAAUGAACCAUACACUACUUUCCGCCACCUCUUUUCCCAUGGCCCACAAUCUCCACAUAUGGAAGCCUGCAUGGAGCAUUGGCCAUCACCUAAACAGAGGCUGGCUUAUACCACGUGGCUAUUGGUGUUUCAGUACUGUGGCCCUCUUUUGUUGGUGCUGCUCUGUUAUGUUCGUGUUUUUGUGCGACUGAGACAUCGUAAAGACAUGCUGGACCGAGUGAGGACCCCUGAGAGUCAGAGGGUCACCCAUAGUCGCAGAAUCAACAUCAUGCUGGUUGCACUCAUCACAGCCUUUGCUCUGUGCUGGCUGCCACUCACCAUCUUCAAUGUGCUGUCAGACUGGAAACAGGAGGCUCUGCCUGUGUGUCAUCACAACCUGUUGUUCUCUCUAUGCCAUCUGCUGGCCAUGUCCUCCACCUGCAUCAACCCCAUCAUUUAUGGCUUCCUCAACUCCAACUUUAGGCAGGAGGUGAGAGAAGUGAUCCUGCACUGCCGCUGGAGGCCUGCAGAGGAGUCAGAGCAUUAUCCAAUGUCAACAGUGCAAAUGGAAAUGUCCCGCACGUCUGUGCCUCAGAACUGCAGGAGCAACUCAAUAUAA